UGCUUUUCAACGCUACAUGGCUUGCAGAUCUGAGUAUCAUAUUGUGGCUUAUACUAAGGAGUCGUAAAAUUUAGAAAUGUACACGCUGUUUGAUAUUGCGUUUUGAUAUUCAGAGUACAUAGAUGUAAAAUUUAUUUAUUAAUUGCAGUUAAAUUCAUAACACAAUAAAAUGGACUAAAAAUAAUUAUAUGAAAAUAACUAAAACUAAGACUUUGUUCAUUCCAAGUGUAGUCGGAUCUAAUAAAAAAUGGAAUAUUCUAACGAAGUGAAUGAAGUGACAGCCACAAAUGCAAAAACAAAGUCGUCCUGGAUUUAUUUACUGAGACAGAUAUUUGUGUGCAGUGGAGUGACGUCAUAUUUUUUCAUUUUUGGUUUAUUUUUCGGCGCACCGACCGUUUAUGUACCACAAAUACGCAAAGAGGCAAAUUCAACUGAAAUAAUUAGUAUGGAGACGAUGUCCUGGCUGUAUGGUAUAACAAACUAUGGAUCUCUGCCAUGGACAGCAAUUUUACCAAUAAUUGCGGCGCGAUAUGGGAGAAAAAUACCAUAUUACUUACUAUGGGUAAAUACCAUCGUUUGUGUCGCAUUGUUUUACUUUAGUACCAGUAUUUUGGAACUUUUUAUAAGUGGACUAUUUCAAGGGAUGCUUCCCGCAAUGCUUUUUACAGUCACAGUAAUGACUCUGACAGAAUACACAUCGCCUAAAUAUAGAGGAAUAUUUAUCACUUUUAAAGGUGCAACAUUUUACUGGGGCGUAUGGAUCUCUAAUGCUAUCGGAACAUUUUUCCAUUGGAAAAAUAUAGGUAUACUGAUGUUUUUAUGCUGUGUUUAUAACAUCAGUGUUAUUUUUUGGCCCGAGUCUCCGAUGUGGUUAGCUACUAAAGGACGCUUUGAGGAGUGCGCCAAAUCCCACCGCUGGUUAAAAGGAGAAGAAAAAGAUUCUGAAGAAGAACUGAAGCAACUAAUUGACUCCCAGAAAAUGAAUAUAGAGUUAAAACAGCAACGUCAUCAAGAGAAGCAAAACUUUAUUGUUAAGUUGUAUAAAAUAUUGAGACUCAAGCAGUUUUAUAAACCAUUGACGAUUUCAAUUCUCACAAUGUGUUUGUAUCACUUUUCAGGAAAAUUAGCUUGUACUGGAUAUAUUGUGCAUAUUCUCAAAACAAUAUCAGAGAGUGAAUCAUCCGCAUACAUGGGAAUGCUUUUCUUAGAUGGUAUCACUGUAGGAGGAAUGUACGUAGGAGUUAUCCUUACAAAGUUCUUAAAGCGCCGUACAAUAUUAAUAUCCUCAUCACUCAUAGGAAUAAUAUUUUUGAUAGUUUUAUCAGUGUAUUUAUAUUUAGUACAUUUAAACGUCAUAUCACAAAACACAUAUGUUACAAUAUUACUUUUAACGGGUUUUUCAGUUACUAUUAGUUGCGGUCCAUUGAUAAUGUCCAUGUGUUUUUCGAGCGAAUUAACACCAUUAAAGGGUAGGAGUCUGUUUCUGUGCGUUUUCGCAGUGUCGUGUAAUAUUAUAAUGGGUUCGAACAUGAAAAUGUUUCCUUAUAUUUUUGAAUAUCUCAAUUCGCACGGUGCGUUUAUAUUGUAUGCAAUAAUAUCGUCAGGAUUUUUGUAUAUACUAUACAAGGUGUUGCCCGAAACAAAAGAUAGAACUAUUCAUGAAAUAGAGAAAUACUUCGUGGAUGAAAACAAUGUCAAAAAUAAGGAAGAUGCUCUAAUGAACACAGAGAAACCGAGCGUAUGAUAUUAUGAAAUAACUAGCAAACGCCCCGUGGUUUCUUGCAUGUAGAUCCCGUUUCCCAUUGAAUAUACGGAGAUAAAAGAUAGCUUAUGACACUCACGACUAACGUGGCUUCCUAUUGAUAAAAGAAUUUUCUAAAUCGGUUUAGUAAAUCAAGAGAUUACCCGCUACAACCUCACAAACUUUAGUUCUUAAUGUUAGUUUUAAAUUAGAUAAGCGCGUUAUGAUCUUAUUCCAAAGAAUGGGAUCAUAAUGUACGUUAUUUUCAAUUUAUGUAAGUAUGUUAUGUAAUUUGUAAAGCUGAAAUUAGAUUGUGUUUCCUUUUGAAAUUAGGUGUUUGAUUAUUAUUUUUACACAAUGAAUGAAUGUCUACACAAGUGAUCGAGUUGUUAUCACACGAAGGUUUCACUAAUAAACGGCUUAUUGCAUAUUGGUCACUCAUAGGCAACUGCGUUUGCCUACUUGUGGAUCUGGUUUUCGUAUUAAUUGUAUCGAUAAUCUAGCUUAGGAUACUCACGAGAUAAUUUUGUUCGAAGAUGUUACUAUACGUAUUUUUUUUAAUAUCUUAAUAAAUUCUUAGCCACAGUCCGAUAGUAACAGUAACAGCACAUAACUGAAAAGUUGGAAGUGCAUCCUCGGAUUUGAACCUACACCCGCUGAAUCGAAGGCAGAGGUCAUGUGUAUUAAAUUUGUUACAAAAUACACCUCUAUUUAUUUUCAAAACUCACCAGUACCCUAAAUAAAUACCUAACUAUAAAAAUAUAUUGCAAUUUUUGCACAAAAGCAAAAUAAUGAAGAUAAAAUAAAAUAAAGGCCCGUAAUUACAAAUAAAUAGCGCAUCACCGUCAACAACGGGAAAAUUCUGCGACAGCAGCGACCGACGAACGUAGGCAUGAAUAUGUAAUGGACUAAGCCUGUCACAGUCAGACACGCCACAUUUUGUGAAGGCUAUAAGUUCGUCAGCCUAUAUAUACUUCUACAAUAAAGUCAAAGUCUAAAUUCAUUUAUUUCAAUUAGGCUUAGUUUACUUAUAUAAAAUUUGUAAUAAAAACAAUAUCUAAAAGAAUCGAUUCUUUAGCCGCACUGCAAAACAUCGAUCAAGUGAUGGGCCAUAAGUCAAAAAUUCUGUGUGUAAUGAGGGGUCGUUGCGAUGUGCUUGUUAAUCUAUGUAAAAAUUAAACGUGUGUGUAUUACGAAUCAAAUUUAUAGUAGAGUGUAGUGUAAGGACACAAAAUAUAUUUAUUGAUAUUAAAAGUU